GAGUGCAUCAUUUCUAUCUCAGCAGGGGAUGAGUCAUGUCGCUGUAUCAUAUGUGAUACAAUGGGAAAUAGACGUCCAUUGACCACAUGUUGACAUAGGCCUAUAUCUUAGUCAUUUUCAGUGGACAUUCUGUAGAAACCGGUGUUAUUCAUGAACCAUGAUUACUAUGUUUACCCUAUGGUCAUUUUGUUGUAUCAGAUAUGAUAUAAUGGAAAAUAUAAGGUCAUUGAAAUAAUUUUUUUUAAUUUUUUUUCUCAUUUCAGAUGAGUCGAAAGCAGAAGUUGUCAUUGCAGGAUGUCGUAUCGCAGUUGCAGGAUCCAAACACCAGCGACAUUGAAUUUGAGAGUGACGACAGCGACGAUGAGGAGUACGAACUUCCGAAAGAUGGUAGCGAUCAGGAAGAUAGUGAAAAUGAUGACGAUUUUAGUUCAGAUGAUGAUGAACCCCUGGCUAAUUUGGUGACCGCUAAAACCACCGCUACUGCUGCAACCACCACUACCGCUACCAAGCAACCAGUUCGUGGAUAUCGUUGGCAUAAGGCUGCAUUUACACCACCAGACGCCUCGUUUGAUCCACCUGACCUUCAGCCACCAGCAGAUGAUAGCAUGACGCCAUACAACUACUUCAAGUUGUUCGUCUCGGACGAGAUGCUCGAUAAGAUGGCCUAUCAAACGAACCUGUACAGCGUGAGUAAAGAUCAGCGUAGUGUCCAAACGUCAAAAAAGGAAAUUGAGCAAGUACUUGGCAUUUAUCUGCGGAUGGGGUUAGUCCAAAUGCCGAACGUGAGGUCUUACUGGGAAGAGGAUACACGAUAUCCAUUAGUAGCCGAAGUGAUGUCACGCACUCGCUUUGAAAAACUCAGCACAGUUUUCCACUUUGUCGACAAUGACAGUAUGUCCGAGGCAGAUAGAAAGGCCGAUCGAGUAUGGAAGCUCAGACCGUGGACCGACGAUCUUCGAAAAACCUUCCUGCAGGUUACCCCGGAGGAAUGCAACUCAGUAGAUGAAAUAAUGGUGGCUUUCAAGGGGCGAUCACUGCUUCGGCAAUAUAUGCCUGGAAAACCUCAUAAGUGGGGUUUCAAACUUUGGGGCCGGUGUGGAAUUACGGGAUUCCUCUAUGACUUUGACAUUUAUCAAGGCAAGAACCCAAACGGCGAAAAGCCAAGUGAAUGUGGCAUGGGGGGUGAUGUUGUGUUGAAACUUGUGUCAUCCCUGCCUCAAAAUAAGAACUACAAGAUAUUCGCUGAUAAUUUCUUUACGGGACUACCACUCAUUGACAGGCUUCGAGGGAUGGGUUUCUUGUACAUCGGUACUAUACGCGCCAACAGGCUCAAGGAUUGUCCAAUUAUGGGUGAGAAGGAACUGAGAAAAAAGGAUCGUGGUACAUUUGAGUGCUGGGUUGAACGCACAAGGAACAUUGUUGCAGUUCGAUGGUUGGACAACAAAGUAGUCAACCUCGUUUCUUCAUUUGUUGGAAGUGAUCCUGUGGAUACCGCUCGACGUUAUGACCGAAGCAAGAAGACCCAUGUCCAAGUUCCACGUCCACACAUCAUCAAGAUGUACAAUAAAUUCAUGGGGGGAGUGGAUCUGUUGGACAUGCUCUGUAGCCUGUAUAAGCCAACCAUUCGGUGUAGGCGCUGGUACAUCUACAUAUGGUGGCAUACAAUCACCAUUGCAGUUGUGAAUGCAUGGCUAAUUUAUCGACGACACCAGAGGGAACUCCCUAACUGCAAAACGAUGCCACUGCGCCGAUUCCAAGCGAGAGUUGCAUCUGCCCUCACUGAUGCCGGUAAAAGGGCUCGGGGAAGGCCAGCAUCAGGAUCCCCUCCUGUUCCCAAGAGACGGCACUCGGUGCAAACACAACCCGUGGAGGAUGCUAGAAGAGACGGACUUGACCAUCUGCCUGAAUGGAAUGAGAAAAGGCAGAGGUGCUUCCAAUGCCCUGGGAAUGCUGCUUUCACCUAUUUGCGGUGCACAAAGUGCAAAGUUUGGCUUUGCCUAAAUAAGGACCGCAAUUGCUUUGCUGCCUUUCACAGGCACUAGACUACCGAUCAAGAUCUAGUAGUUGUUGACAUGCUGACAUAGUGGGUUUCAUAUUGUGACGGAAUAUGAAGACGAAAUAUGAAUUCGUGAGUCUAAAUCUGUACCUGCUACGCAUUAUCACUGCUACGCAUUAUCACAAUCUUCAACAAAUAGUUCACCCCUAGUUCAAGUACCAGCACCAAACUGAGAUCAGAACAAACCAGAACUCAUCUUACACACUUCAUAUUUUGUCAGAAUGUGAAACGUGAAACCCCCAAAAUCAGCUAAAACCACAAAGAUUUGUUUUAUAACUGUUUAGGGAAAUUAUAUAUUACUAUAGUUCAGGAAUGAUAAUUGUUUUUGUCAUUGUUUGUUAUUUGAACGUUUCCAUGUGGUGUCCUCUAAUGUCCAUUGUAUCAGAUAUGAUACAUUGCCAAAACCAAGGUCAAGGUCAACUGAAAAAAAAACGAGUGUCAAAAAUCAUAUUCUGAUAUAACAGGGAACUUAAUGCCAAGAGAUUAUAUUUUUACUGCAAUAACACAUAGGUGUGGGCAUUAUAGG